AGAUGACUUGUGUUAUUAUAGUAAACUUAAAUAUAGGCUUUUUUUAAUCUCUCGGUGCUUUUUUCUGACUAGGUCAGAUUUCUAAGAGCCCUUUGACUUUCCUUUCCUCUCCCACAAUUCCACGCCUGAGAAGCCUGGCAGCUAUGAUCCAGCAGUGCUGGAGGUGAUUAGUCUCACCUCAACGGAUGUCUCAGGAGAAUUGUGCCUUUCUGCGGUAAAUUGGAACUGGCUCAUUAAUUUGUUGAGCGUGAUAUGCUGAUCCGCCUCCACACACACACACACACACACACACACACACACACACACACACACACACAGUUCCCUCCACCCUCCACCACUUGCUGUCUGAAAAAAAAAAUCAUGUUUGCUGUGAGACUUCAGUGGUGAAGACACUGUAAACAAGUAGAAGGGAGAGGAAGAGCAGAGGCAAGCAGAAAGGGAAGAAGGGACUCUUGAGUCAGCUCUGGAUGCUGGAUCACACCCUGCUGGGGAGCGAUCGUAGCCCUACAUCUGACAUCUGCAGGUUUGGAGUUGAUCCAGGAUGCAGUCCUACCUCGCUCUGGUGCUGGGGAUCGUGGCCUCUGCUGCCUCAGCGGAAUGGAGGCGUCCGGUGAUCAUGUUCAACUCUAAGGUGGUGGAAAGUUCUGAGUUGGUGGUCAGAUCUGGGACCCCUCUGGAUCUGAGGUGUGAGGGCGACGGGCCUGUAAACUGGCAAACGAGGUUAGCCAAACACAGACGCUUCGUGUCCAAGGGCAGCGGGAAAGUCCGCACCUUAAAGGUGGAACGCCCCUCUGCAGAAUUUACAGGAACAUACAAGUGUGUUUACACGACUGGGUCGAAGCAACUCGCCUCCUCAGUGCAUGUGUACGUAAAAGAUCCAAACCGUGCGUUCUGGACCAGCAGCACGUCCCUGCGGGUGGUGAAGAAGGAGGGUGAGGACUACCUGCUGCCCUGCCUGCUGACCAACCCGGCAGCCACAGACCUGGGCCUCCGCAUGGACAACGGCACCUCUGUGCCACCGGGCAUGAACUUUACAGUUUACCGGCACCGUGGUAUUCUUAUCCACAAGCUCCUCCCAGGCUUCAAUGCCGACUAUGUCUGCACAGCCAGGGUCAGAGGAGUGGAAAUGAUCUCCAAGGUCUUUUCCAUCUACGUCAUUCAGAAGCUUCGUUUUCCUCCAUACGUACUCUUGGAGACCGAUGACUAUGUGCGCAUUGUUGGGGAGGAGCUCAAAAUUUGCUGCACAACACACAACCCCAACUUCAACUACAAUGUCACCUGGAAAUACAUCACCAAGUUGAAACCAACUAUAGAGGAGAGGGUUCACUCCAGUGGAGAAAAUCGCCUGGACAUACAGAGCAUACUGACCAUCCCGGCUGUGGACCAUACAGACACAGGAAACAUUUCCUGCAUUGGCACUAAUGAAGCAGGGGUGAACAGUUCAACGACAUACCUGCUGGUUGUAGACAAGGCCUACAUCCGGCUGUUGCCCCAGCUGUCCCCUAAACUAGCCCACCAGGGUCUUUCAGUGCAGGUGAACGAGGGAGAAGACCUGGAGCUGACCGUGCUCAUCGAAGCGUACCCCCAGAUUACAGAGCACAGAUGGCACACCCCAACAUCUCCAAACAUGUCCACACAGGAGCACAAGCUCAUCAGAUACAACAACAGAUACCAUGCUAUGCUGCAGCUGAAGAGAAUGAAUGCACAGGAGCAGGGGAAAUACAUCUUCUAUGCCAAGAGUGUCUUGGCCAAUGCCUCCAUCACAUUCCAAGUCCAAAUGUAUCAGAGACCCGUUGCUGUGGUGCGAUGGGAAAACAUAACCACGCUCACUUGCACCUCAUUUGGCUAUCCUGCCCCCAGAAUCAUCUGGUACCAGUGUUUUGGGAUACGCCCUACGUGCAAUGAAAACACCUCUGGGCUGCAGCUGGCGAUCCCUCUCCAGGCUCCCACAGUGGAGGUCCAGAGGGAGGAGUACGGGGCCGUGGAGGUGGAGAGCGUCCUCACCGUGGGGCCAACCAGCCGGAGGAUGACCGUCGAGUGUGUGGCCUUCAACCUUGUCGGCGUCAGCAGCGACACUUUUGCCAUGGAGGUUUCUGACAAACUCUUCACUUCCACCUUGAUUGGAGCAGCAGGCAUUCUCGCCAUCCUCCUUGUGCUACUGGUUUUUCUGUUAUACAAAUAUAAGCAGAAACCCAGGUAUGAGAUCCGCUGGCAGAUCAUCGAGGCAAGAGAUGGAAACAACUACACCUUCAUUGACCCCACUCAGCUGCCUUAUAAUGAGAAGUGGGAGUUCCCAAGAGACAAGCUGAAGCUAGGGAAGAUCCUCGGUGCAGGAGCUUUUGGAAAGGUCGUUGAGGCCACAGCCUACGGCCUGGGAAUGGAAGACAAUGCAUUGCGUGUAGCUGUGAAAAUGUUAAAAGCCAGUGCCCAUUCCGAUGAAAGGGAAGCUCUGAUGUCUGAGCUGAAGAUCCUGAGCCACCUGGGACACCACAAGCACAUCGUCAAUCUACUGGGAGCCUGCACUUAUGGAGGACCAGUGCUUGUGAUCACAGAGUACUGCAGCCUCGGCGACCUCCUGAACUUCCUUCGUCAGAAGGCAGAGACGUUUGAGAACUUUGUUAUGAACGUUCCCGACAUCAUGGAGGGCUCUAAUGACUACAAGAACGUCUGCAGUGAGAGACAGUAUAUUAGAAGUGACAGCGGGAUCUCCAGUACAUCUUCAAGCAGUUACUUAGAGAUGAGACCCAGCCAGGUGCCACAUAUCGAAUCAUCUCCAGACUCUGUGUGUGAGGAGACAGGUGACUGGCCGCUGGACAUUGACGACUUGCUGAGGUUUUCCUUUCAAGUGGCUCAGGGCCUUGACUUUCUGGCAGCCAAAAACUGUAUUCAUAGAGACGUGGCUGCUAGGAAUGUCCUCUUGACCGACCGCAGAGAGGCCAAGAUUUGUGACUUUGGCCUGGCACGCGACAUCAUGAAUGACUCCAACUACGUGGUGAAGGGCAAUGCCCGUCUGCCAGUGAAGUGGAUGGCUCCAGAGAGCAUCUUUGACUGUGUCUACACCAUCCAGAGUGACGUCUGGUCCUACGGUAUCCUCCUGUGGGAGAUCUUCUCUUUAGGCAAGAGCCCUUACCCCAGCGUGGCUGUGGACUCCAGGUUCUACAAGAUGGUGAAGCACGGCUACCAGAUGUGCCAACCAAACUUUGCUCCAGCUGAGAUCUACACGAUCAUGAAGAUGUGCUGGAAUCUGGAGCCCACAGAGCGUCCGACGUUUAGCAAGAUCAGUCAGAUGAUACAAAGACUACUCGGGGAGCAACCUGAGCAGGAACAGCUAAUCUACCAGAAUUUGCAGCAGCAGGUCACAGAGGGUGAGGUGAGUGACGAGCCCAAGUGCUGCGACGGCCCCUGUGACCAGUCUUGUGACCACCAGGAAGAGGAGCAGCAGCCUCUGAUGAAGACCAAUAACUACCAGUUUUGCUGAAAGCCCUAGCUGCCAAUCAAUCAGUAAAUGAAUCAUCAACAAGCAUCAGGACAUUGGGAUCAGCUGUAGUCCUACGGUCUGUUCUAGGCGCCGGACAGUCGCAGACAGUCGCCUUCACGGCUAUUUUUUGCCUGCUGUGCCUGCUCGGUAUGAGCAGGCACAUGCAGCUGCAGCAAGCAUGUGACUUACUUCUUUGCAGACCAUGACUAGUAAUUACCACAUCUAGGAGGAAGAGGAGGAAACAUGUCAACAAACUGCACAAGCAUCCAAAGCUGUACCUUAUCCUAAACAUCGCUCCUUCUGAUAUGUAUUUCAGGUAUAAUCUGUUAUCCAAAGGAGAAUGUGUUCUUAAUUAUAUAUUGUGCACUGCGUUUAUUUCUAUUUUAUAUUACUUCCCCACGACACUGAAUGUCUUUGUCGAGAUUUCAGUCAUAAACACUAUGUGACUACUCAGCUUUAUGUGCUCUAGACGAGUUAGGUUUUAGUCUCUGAUCACCUUAGACUAAUGAAACAUCUAAACAGAGCGAGUGUUUUUCCCCUGUUUUAACAUGCUGAAUCAACCAUUGAGAAGGCAAAGAAUGACCAUGUUGUUUCCCUCUCUGUGCUGCAGUCAUAGCUGUAUUUCUUGUGACUCACUCACAGCAGCUGUCCGUUGGUGGGAACAUGUGAUUGUUCCACUUCAACCUAGUUAAUUAAGCAGUGCUCAGUGGGAUUUUUGGAGCAGGGAACACAACUGAACUGAACGGGGAAAUCUGUGGAUCUGUUAUGGAUCAGACGAACAAUGUUACAUGACGAUGUGAAAUCCUUUUGUUUUUCUUUUUUUUGCGGAGCACAACUUAAUCUUAACUUCCUGUAGAUUUAGACGAGUGUUAGGAUGUAAGCUUCACCGAUGUCUAUAUGUAGCAGCCAGUCAGCCUACACUGCCAACUGUUUGAAGACUUUAGAGUAACAUAAGCUAUGUGAGAGAUACACAGUGAGAUGUCAGAUAAUGUAUAUAUCUCAUGAUGUAAAUCAAGAAUUAUCUUUAUAUUUGCUGGAAUGUUGUAGAAUAGAUGGUAGUUCAUCAAUAUGUCAUAUAUGUGUUGUGUGGGUUUUUGUAACAGUGCAAAUGAGACAAUCAAUGCAAAAUCUGCAAAUGAAAUCGUUGAAAAAGGCUUUGAAUGAAGCUUUACCUUUAAAACUUCAGAAUGUAAAGUUUUUAUAUAUACGACGAGAUUAAGAUGUGGUGCCAGAUAUUUCGAGUUUUUCUUUGUUGUACCUCACUGAGCUGAUAUAAACUGUGCUGCCUUUAUGUUUAUCUCUUCUUACUUCCCUUUUUUUUAUUGGAGAAUGUCCAAUUUGCAUUUCCUCUGGAACAAUUCUCACAGUAUCUGUCAACAUUGCAACUCUGACAUCUUUGUAGGGAAGUAGUCAUCCCACCGCUCAGACUACAGAAAGUACAAAUGCGUUUUCUCCGUUGUGUGGUUUCAGCUAAAAUCAUAUUUGUUUUGAAGUAACCCACCACUUUUAGACACUUUAUGGGGUGCCAAACAUUCUAUGUUACAUUUUUAACAACAGUCUUUGUUCAGUUGUCCACCAAGAAACUGAGAUAUGACAAAGUUUGAGUAAAGCAUAAUAAUCUCCACAGUGCCUUUGUUGCUCUGCCAGUAUCCUCCUCUAUCAUUUCCUUUAGUUGCCUCAGAAUUAAUUAUUUCUCAUAACUGUGGCAUUUUGUCCACAUCAUUUCAAAGAUCUUAUUAGCAACAGCACCGACACAUAUUCUUGGGCUUCAUGUUGACGUUUCUCCUCAAAAAGAUUUUUGUUAUAGUUUGAAACAUUUUCUGUUUUUCAGGAAUGUAAAGCAUAAAUCAUGAGCUCAACUGUACUGCUAUAUAAUAAGUGAAGAUUUAAACAGCAAAUGUCUGUGUUUUGUUGGUUGUUAACUUUAAUUAGAAUGAUAUAAAUUCAAUUAAGCAGA